AUGAACGAAAGUGCACCACCUUUGCUUCAAGGAGGUGGCAUCCUCGGACGGUUUGAGAAUGUCCGCGUGAAAAAGAGCGCCAAGAAGACCGUCACGUGUGAUGCUGCGACCCCAGAAUACUUGCGCCACGAUUUCCUGAAGCCGCAGCAUCUGCCAAUCGAACGAGUUGAUGAACAAGCCAACUUCAUUGCCACCAGUAACAUUAACGAGACUCGUUUCCACAAGGGCUUCCAUCGCCGUCACCAGGCGGACAUUCAGCAGGACGCUGCUCGACUUGAACACGAAGCGGCCAGAGACUGGGCGCGUCAGGAGCGGGCAGCUGCACAGGCUUCAGCAGCACAUCACCUGCGCGACAAGUGCACCUUCAACAUCCUGACGGGCGAAGGGGUGGGCAGAGAGUGCGAGUUUCGACAUGUCGGGAAAAAGAUUCUGAACCCGUACGGCAGCAUGCAGGCUACCUUUUCGGAGCACGACAGGGAAGAGCGCCACCGCGUCAAGAAUUCCAAGCACCGCUUCUUCGAGCAUCCUGCUCCGGAGAAACAGGCUACGGCAGGCAGGGCCUUCCUCAGCAGUUCGGCGAUUUUCCGUUGUGUGGCGUUGCUGACAAUUUCGCUCACCUACAAGCUCUUCCACCGGAGCCAGAGUACGAAGCACCACACAAUGGAAAUGCGAGCCAGAUUAUCUUGGGUUGACUUGGAGCACCUGGAGCACAGCGAAAGUUUCACCAGGUGGGAAGUGGGAGGGUCAUCCUUGGCUUCGUUUGCAGUGUUCCCUUUCGUCACAAAGUCGCGUGGAGUAGCAUUCGGUUGGAAGGUCGCAGCUCCGGCGCAGGAAAUGUAG